AUGAACAAUUCCUUGCUGGAAAAUUCAACGUUUGCAAACGCAACCGAAGCCUCCAAAUGCAUUCCUUUCAGAAAAGAAGAUUCUAUCUCCGUGAAGGCCACUAAAGCCGCAUGCUACACAGUUCUGAUGCUGCUUUCUUUUUUCGGAAACGCGGCAGUCAUCGCCAUUGUUGCCAAAACCAGGCAGAUGCGGACCACAACGAACUAUUUGAUCGCUAACAUGGCAGUGUCAGAUUUGCUUCUUUCUGCAUUUGCGGUGCCCAGAGAAAUGACGGAGUUGUUCAUUGGUUUUCAAGGAUGGUUGUUCCACGGUCUGUUCGGUGCCGUUCUUUGUAAAACUGUUUAUUUUUUUCAAGACAUUUCAACCGCUGUAUCGAUACAAAGCAUUGUUGUCAUUACGCUUGAUAGAUGUAUAGGGUUAGUGUCGCCAUUUCGGAAGCCUUUCAUAGCUCCACGACGACGCAAGGUGGUGAUUGUUUCCAUCUGGUUAAUAGCGAUGAGUCUGCACGGCAUUUAUCUUUACAUUUAUCGCGUGCAGAGGGUGAACGGUGCGAAUGUAUGUAUUUUCAGCUUUGAGCCAGCAUUUGACAAUUUACAGGGAUUAAGAGUUAACUUCAUAAUAUUGUCACUACUUUUGAUCGUCAUUCCUCUUGGCAUUCUUAUUGUUUUAUAUUCACUUAUAUUUAAGGCUUUGGAAAAGCGGAAGUCCUUUUGGCGAAAAUGUUCCUCUUCUCUGCUAAAGAGCCGGCAAAAGGAGAACACUAAAGUCAUCAAGAAAAUUUUAGCGAUUAUCUGUUUGUUUAUGAUCUGCAUUUUACCCAUUGAUAUUGUAGGUUUUUUAUUUCUUUUUGCAUGGCACGAGGGAAUCCCGUGCGGUAUGGACAAUUUAAGCUUCGCAGUCAAGUUUAUUUUUUACUCCAACGCCUCUCUCAAUCCUUGCGUUUAUUUCAUCUUAAAUGAAAGAUAUCGCCAGGGUCUACGAAACCUCUUCAAAGGCCACAAAUGGUUCGCACAGGAAAGACAGUUAAAAAGCGUCGAAAUGACCACAUUUUAAUAGCUGUAGCUCAUUGACCCCUGGUUUGAAUAACGUUUUAUUUAGAAGACAGGCAUAAUAACUGAAUUUGAUGGUUGUUUUCCUUUACUUUGCUCGCGGUCACUUAAGCUCGUCAACAAGGGUAGAAAAGUGGAUUGUUCCGUGAGAUAACAUGGCUUUGUUUCGGGAGUGGCGUUGAAAAAUAAGGGUUUAACACGGAUUUGAAUGGACAGAGUUGUCUGACACUCUUCAAAGUCGCAAACCAGAUUACGAUAAUCGUAUAUAUGUCCACCGACGGAUUAUAAACUUUUUUAUCUACACAAUUCUGUGACCAAUUUUCAAGGCUUCUAAUACCAUAUGGACGGUUUUUUUUUAAUGCACCUGACGCCACUAAGUCUAAUUUCACAAAAAAACUAAUAACGGACUAAGUAGUUUUCACUCGUUAAGUAAUUAACAAAGUGGUCAAAUUCAAUUAAACUAUAUGUAAAUCCACUAAAAAAAAAGUAAGAUUGAACAUUCGAAGAUAAAAUCUUGUCAUUUUCGAGCUGAGUUUGUGUUAAAAACUUGAACUUAAGUUUUUUUCGAAAUAUUGGUUUAUAUUUUUCCUUUUGUAUUUGUUGAAAACAAUUAAAUUGCAUAGUCAGUCUUUACGCGACAUCUAUGUUCAUUUAAAAGAAACCGUAGAGCUUUAGGUGUGAGAACAUUAUCUUUUGAAGAAAAAAAGGCACUCUUUUCGCGUAUUUUUUUUUACCCUUGUUGUUCUUUCGUCUUUUGCAAUUUCUUUUGUCCCCAUACCAAUUAGGUUGAUAUCUAUCAAGAAAAGUAAUGAGAUAUUACUUUUUUUCUCUUGAUAUAUUCUUCACUCAAUAGCGGAUAGCAAAUUAAAAUCUCCCCGGAAAAGGCUUUCAAACGGAGCCGCACGAAAUUCUGGAAUCUUGUGGGCCGAUACAAACGGGUUUUUAUUAACUAAUCUUACUCGCAAGCUUAAGAAUUGAAUCGAAAUUCCUUACAGUGGGUCCCACUACGCCUCUAGUAGUAUUUGAAGUAAUCGUUUUUCCUCACGGCAGCCAGUGAACGGGUCUAUUUGCUAUAAUCAAGAAGCUAGUCAUUAACUGACACCUGCAGGGCUGGGAGGGGGGAGAUUUUUUUAGGGUUUUUUUUAUGGUUUUAAGGGAGAACAGAGUGGGGGAAAUCAGUCGCCACUUAUAUAGUUUAACAGGGAGACCAGGGAAAAUUGAUUGUUUCUCUCCGUGCUCCCAUUCACCUCCACGCCCCUCUCCUCUUCCUCACGAAUCGAGCACCGUAGGUACUCAGGUGCUUUCAAUAACAGACCUCUGGAUGCUGAACGAAGAUUACGCUUUAGAUAAUGGUAGCUUACAGAUAGAAACUAAUCAUUGGUGAAGUUGAUUUAUCGAUUGGUGGAAUUGAUUAGGUAGUUUUAAUGGCGCGAGAGGUGAAAUAAAUAAAUUAUUCUUAUAAAAUGAUUUAAUCACCGGAGGUUCUUCCACCCCACCCCCACCCCCACCCCCGACCACCCCCUUCCCCUUCCCAACCCCGCAUAUAGUUGUUGCACAUCAAACUGUAUAUCAAUGAAUAUUUGCUAAUUCAUGGGUGUUUCAAUUUCUCUACUCUUCAACUCCUUUUGUUCAAGCUCUUCUUAAGCUAACAGUUAUGACUCCUGCACAUGCAUGGCGAUCCUUACAAAUUUCUUUGAGGAAUUUUGCGAAAAUUUUAUAAGAAAACCAUCGACUUGGGCUUAUUAUCUUUUUUUUUACCUAUCAAAGUGUUUUUUCACACAUACUAUUUUAAAAUAUUCACGUCUACUAUCCAACGGUUUGAAUUUCAUAUGUUCGCUAUCUUGUGCAUGUAGGUGACGACUUUGAGGAGGUUUUUAGCGGUGAGGCCGCGCGCUCAAAGUCCCGCCUCGCCUUCAUUCUCCUCAUCUACCUACAAACCCCCCUGACUCCCACUUUAGAUUUCGAUGUUGCGAUGGUGAAAAUCUCAAAUAUGAUUCCCGACUAGACAGUUAUCAACGCAAACAGAGAGUAAUGUUAGAUCUUUUUAUCUCCGUACGGAAAAUGGUUUUGAAGACGUUUACGAUAGUGCACCAUUAUGACGCCAAUACCAAUAUUGUCUCGAGUUACGGGUUAAUUUCGAAAAUUGGGGCUGCGCUGUCAUCCAAGGGCGGUAAAUUAAUCCUUUCCAGAAGUUCACUUUGCAAGUGAAAAGUCCAGUGGUUUCUCACGAUUGUCUUCAAGUCAUUUUUAUACUCAUUUGUGGGCAGAAAGAAGAUGAUUAUAGCUUCACUGGAAAAUCCAUCAUUUUCGAACCCAACCGAAGCGUCUGAAUGCAUUCCUUUCAGUAAAGAAGAUUCGGUGUCCGUGUCGGCCAUCAAAGCCGCACGCUACACAGUUCUGAUAUCGCUUUUGUUUUUGGGAAACGCGGCUGUCAUUGUUGCCAAAAACAGACACGUGUGGAACACUACGAACUAUUUGAUCAGAAACAUGGCAGUGCCAAAUUUACUUCUUUCUGCACUUGCGGUGCCCAGAGAACUGAGAUAG